AGAUCAAGUAGUGGCAAGCCCCUUUAACAAAAAAAAAAAAAAAAAGUAGUGGCAAGUGCCAUGGCCCAUGAAGACACUUUCACCAAACUAGUGUGGGUGAAUCAUCCAGGAGAAAUUCGGAAAAGGGAGGUGGUUUAAAAUUUUGGCGAAAUUUGGAGAUACAAAAAAUAAGAACUCGGAUUCCUAAGGAGCAGAUUUAAACUGAUGAGCAACAUGACAUGGAUCGAUGUGGUGAAAAUCUAGAUGAUGGAGGAGUAUGAAAGCAACAUCCGAUCCUUUGAGUAGUGUUAGCAAUAGAAGAAGAGCCCUUUCUUUUACAAGUAUGGUGAGACCGAUCGUUGCAACAUCAAGUGUAAAUCCAAAUCCAACUGUGGAAGAAUCUUUUGUGAUGAUGGAACCUAGCGAGCAUUAUGUUAAUAGCGUUAGGCAAAUACAUGAUCAAAGCACACUUGUUUGUCCUAUGGACCAAGAGAGACAUCUACUUAACCAAGAUCUGGUGAAGUUUUGGGCUCACCACAAUUCCAUAGGAUUACAUGACAAGCUUGAUUUACCUCUGGCUAGGAUAAAAAAAGUUAUGAAGUCCGAUCCUCAAGUCAAGAUGGUCAGCUCGGAUAGUCAUGUUCUCUUGGCUAAAGCUUGUGAUAUAUUCAUUGAGGAGGUAACCCUCCGUGCUUGGAGGCAUACUCAAUCAUGCUCUCGUAACACCAUCCAGAGUUGUGAUAUAUACAAGGCCUUAAAAGAAUCUGUUAUUUAUGAAGAACUGACUGAUCUUGUUUCUUUUGGACAACACUCUGUCACCCAUCAGGGUGUGCCACAAGAUGUAGUGCAACAGCAACUGUUUCCAUCUGCUAACGUGAAUGUGCCAGAAAUGAAAGAUCUGAUUGAUAUAGAUAAGAUUCAGCAGCAAUGCCUUUACUUUCAAACCACUGAGCAUUUUAUCGACACUGGAGAGUUUGAGAUCGACCCUAAGUACCAGCUAUAUAACACUAGCACACCCCAUUGUUCACGUUUAGCAAUGAUGAAGCAAAACCUCCCACUGAAACCUGGUGGUUUUGAUGAACUGAAACCUUCUCCUGGACCUAGUAGUGGUAAUGCUGAAGUUAUACCUCAGACCGGGACGAAUCCUGUUCCAGAUUCUUAUCGCUAUGAUGAUGUGAAAUCUCCAACGGGUCAUAAUAAUGGUGCAAAUUCUGAUCCGCCACUCAACUAGACAACAGAGUAUAUGUGAUCAAUGUGAAACAAGUUCAAAUCAGAAAUUGUAAAUAUUAAAAUUUGUGCUUGUCUAUGAUCAGCCUUGUAUGCGAAUAUCCAAUACUGUACUAUAAGCUUUCUUUACUCGAAAGACACCGUUUGUAUGAAUACAAAAAUACUAUAUGC